AUGACAUCGACCGCUUUAGUGUAUAUGAUGACACCAGGUUUGGCCUGUUUCUACGGUGGUCUUGUUGAAAGCAAAAACUUUUUAAAUCAAAUAUUUCUAUCCAUUGUCUGUAUGGCCAUUAUUCCAGUUCAAUGGUGUCUUUUCGGUUACUCGUUCGCCUUUGGACCAGGAAAUUCAGUAUUCGGCUCGUUCAACUACGCUGUACUACGUUCGUUUGGUCUUAACAAUUUCUAUGGUGAAAAUUCAGAUCCAAUGAACUCACUAACAAUUCCAUCAUUAACAUUUGUUUCCUUUCAAUGUGCAUUUGCUAUCAUCACGGCGGCAUUGAUCAGCGGUUCUGUAGUUGGUCGAAUGAAACUCAUACCGUACAUGAUAUUCGUUUUUCUCUGGUCAACAUUUUGCUAUGAUCCAUUGGCAAGAUGGGUCUUUUCCAGACAAGGUUGGCUCAACCGAAUGGGUACAAUCGAUUUUGCUGGCGGUAUAGUUGUUCAUUUUGCCAGUGGUAUAUCGGGGUUGGUCGCCGCUAUUAUUUUGGGCUCACGUUCACACUUCGAUCCGGACGUGCUGAAAACAGGUCAAACACAUCUUCCCUUUACUAUGUUGGGCACUGGCAUGCUCUGGGUCGGUUGGAUGGGAUUCAACGGAGGAUCGGCAGUAGCCGCAAACGGUAUGAAAUAUUGGGGUCGAGUAUAUCUUGCUGUAAUUCUUCUUGAUGUUUUUGGAAAAAAACCAUAA